GGCAAUGAUUCGGUCUGAACAGAAGUGCGUUUGCUUAUGGGCGACGGAUUUCGGGGACAAUUGAAGCCUGCGGCGGGCUUCUUUACAAUGGCGCUGGGCAAUCCUCAGUCCAUUGCGGGGCUUAGAGGUAAAAAGCGUUAGCCGUAAUGGCGUCUGCUCGCGAAUGUGCAUCCACGUUCGCCACCUUCCGGUGCAAGUCUCAUUUCAACAUUUAGUCGUGCUGCCCUCUUCAACUCAAUACCGACCUCUCCUGUCUCCUCUGCCCAGCUCUCAUCCUCACGACGACCCUGUCCCCCGUUUUGAACCACGGCCUCCUUUGAGCAUCCUGCCUUGGCUGGGCGCGGCGACUGAGGUGCCCGUGGUGGGCACGCACACCUGGAGCGUGGAAUUGAAGAACGUGCGCAUCAGAGGAUCCCUCGACAAGGGUUCUAGCAAGAACGCCGUGAAGGAGAUCGGGUGCGGAGAUGGUUGCAGCGCCAUCAUCGACAGUGGCACCUCGUUGCUGGCGGUGCCGGGUUUUAUCAUCGAGCAGCUUCAGGACAUGAUGGAGCAGCUUGACACCGACUGCAGCAACCUCCACGAGCUUCCAAGCCUUGUCUUCAACAUGGGCGACGGCCAGUUCACCCUUCCUCCCGACUCCUACGUGGCAGAGGUGGUGGGCCAGCUGCCAAACUACCUGGAAGGCUAUACGACAAUGGAAACGGAACACAACAGUUCCGAGUCGAUGUCGGAAGCUGACCCAGCAGACGGUGUGGGAAAGCGGGGCAGCAGGUCACGUUGCCAGCUGCUAUUGAUGGAAUCCUACGCGAGCACCAAGUAUGGUCCCUUGUGGAUCCUUGGCAUCCCUUUUUUCCGGAGGUACUACACGACUUUCAGGAUCGGGGAGUCGCACAAGGACCGCACGCUGUUCAUGGCGCCCUCCACGGACGAUUGCUACGUGGAGGGUCAGGAGGAUGGCCAGGCCUCCUUCCUGGACGUAGGGUCCAGGGACACGUACCUACGGACCAUCAACGCAUCAUUCAUCCACGCCCCGGUGCUUGCCCAGAGGGCGAUUCAGAGCGGCUUCAUGCACCUGUGAGACGUCCGCCGCCACCCGCCGCGUUGGACGGCGACAGCUGGCGGGCCGCCGCGCAUCCUCCAGGUUCCCGAGUGCAUGUCUUGACAAAAGCUCGGCCAACAGUUUUGCUCUUACUGCUCUCGCUGCUCCUGUAAUCAUGGCUCAAGCAAACGCAAUCAACAUCUGCAGUAAGCAUGUGGUGCUUUAUCGAGGGCCCCCUUGCAUCCUCUCCUCAUCGACCCACGCCUGGCCAUGGACACUAGGAAUGCUGGUCUGAUGCCGCUGCAAGUGUGACUGCAGCCUAUGGCACCUCCAGCCAAGCGCGGGGCCUUGCUCUGUCUGUCAGCGAUGUCCUGACAUCCAGCAGAUAAUUACCGCAGCAGUGCUCUGCCCCAUGCGAAAUAGCCUUGUGACCGAGACGAUGCUUUGCUAUUCAGGCGUUUGCCCUGGGAGCCUCCACUUGACGGUGCCAAUGCCUCCCUCCGCCGCCCUCCUCUUCCGCCACUCAUUCCCUUC